GCGUUUAGAGUGGCGUAAACUCACAAAGCCGGAACGGUUUAGAUUAGUAGCUUUUCCUUGUUUAAUCUAAUAUGUAGCUCCUUAUAUAAACAGGCACCACAAGGUCAGAGAGGAUUAUAAAAUAGUGGCUGCUCUACGCAUACUCCAAUACAAACAGAUGGCCCUGCCUUGUCAUAAACUCACCCAAGGUUUACAAGCCACAUUUAUUUGUGUUCAUUAGUUAGACAGAAGGAAAUAGUGCAGUAUAUCUUCGGAGGAUUUACCAAGAAGCAGUUCAGACUGAGGAUGUGAAAGAAUCUAGAGAAAUACUAGUUUACUAAUAAAAUAUUUAACUUCUACUCAAGCAAGUGCAAUGGAUUUGGGUUACAAUGCAUUUAUUUGAGGAAUUUGGACCAAUUUGGGAGCAACGGCGGUGAAAAGAUAAAGAUUCAUCUGUAUCAUUUCAUAUAUCUGGAUAACCUUGUCAGAGCUACAGUAUGGUAUCAGGGGUAGUGAUCCUGUCAGUCUACAUCCUUACCUUCCUGAUUGGCCUGCCGGCAAACGCACUCGCCUUGUACGCCUUUGUCAAGAAGCUCCGUGACAAACCCAGACCCACUGACUUCCUCCUGCUCAACCUGACCAUAUCUGACCUUCUAUUUCUGCUCUUCCUGCCAUUCAAGAUGUACGAGGCUGCAUCUGAAAUGCGCUGGCUCCUUCCUGGUUACCUGUGUCCCCUCACUACCUUCAUAUUCUUCUCUACCAUCUACACGAGCUCGCUGCUGCUGAUGGCUGUUAGCGUUGACCGCUACUUAUGUGUGGCAUUCCCGGUCAAGUAUAAGAUCCACCAGAAGCCUUUAUAUGGAGUCAUCUGCAGCAUCUUUGUCUGGAUCACUACAUCAACCCAUCUGUGCUUUGUAUACAUUGUGGAUCACCUGACCGGGGUAGACAGUCAGGGCCAUGACUGCUACAACAACUUUACUCAAUCCCAGCUGGAUGUAGUAUUACCCAUGCGCCUGGAGCUAUGCCUCGUUCUAUACUUCCUUCCGCUCGUUGUUUGCACCUUCUGCUAUGCAAGAUUCAUCCACAUACUCAGGCACACAGCCAGCCUCAACGAAGGGAAGCGACGUAGGGCCGUUGGCAUGGCCAUGGGCACGUUGCUGGUCUUUGUGGUCUGCUUCCUUCCCUACAAUUCCACUCACAUCCUGGGCUACAUCAUCAAGGACAACGUGAGCUGGAGAUCUGAUGCUUUGCUUCUCACCACCGUCAAUACAGUCUUCGACCCCAUCACUUUUUAUUUUUCCUCAGCUGCCUUUCAGGGAAAUCUGAAAGAACUCCUAAGACCUAGGACUAAGACUGCUUACACUGGCAAUGGGAUAGAAAAUGUUUGCACUAAACAGAAUCGAGUGAGACAAGGCAGCCAGACUGAAAAUAUACAAGAAAAUGAUGCUGGUGAAUUGCAAUGUCCAUAAAGAGUAUGAUCAUCUGAAAGCCUCUUAGUACUUAAGCUAUUUAUAUAGCUAUUUUUUAUUUGGUAACGUAAUUAGUUUGAGUUUCAGUUCCAAGUCCAGUCAUCAGUCAUCGUCAUCAGUGGCAUAAAAGCGACCACCAUAAACAGUGCCUUCAAAUUUAGUAUCUAUCGUUUUUUCUAUUAUUUCUAUCAUCUAGGUGGAAUAUGUGUCAAUCUAGCCACUUCCAGUUUCAUGGGCCUCACAAAGCUGUAAUUUAUAUCAAUCUGCAAUUCAAUUUUAUUGAGCUUGGCUUAGUCGGAAGCCAGAGGAUGUCUUCAGCACUUCAACCUAUAAUGUGUUGUGUCUAACUGCAUCAAUCCUUUAUUAGAGUCAAUAAAUCCAUUGUUUGUCAUCUAAGGUUAUACCGGGGCCAAGAAGCCUAUAUUACUCCCUCGUCAACUAUUUUAUAACCCUCAGCCAUUAUCAACACCAAGACGAUAACACCUUUCACUGGCUCCACAAUCACACGAUCUAAACGUCAUGUUCGAGACUGUGACUGUCUCUUUGUCAGCUCUAAGCAACAUCCUAUCCUCUGUUGUGGUCAGUUGUCUGUGGACACAGAUGAAGAGACAAAAAAAUUGCUUUUAGCUGCACUUUCUCACAAAUGAGGUUUAAAGUGGCUGUUAAGAAAUGGUGUGACCAUGGAUUAACUUUUUAUUGUGUUAUUUAAUCUCUCUCUCUCUCUCUCUCUCUCUCUCUCUCUCUCUCUCUCUCUCUCUCUCUCUCUCUCUCUCUCUCUCUCUCUCUUUCUCUUUUUUUUUACUAACAUUGUUAUUGUCUUUAAAUAUUUACUGGAAACUCCAAAUUGUCAGGAACAUGGAAGGAAAAUACGUCAUUACGCACAAAAAAGGCCUGAGUAAAUCCCAUGAACUUCUGCAAACCAAAUAAAACCAAAGCAAAACUAAUAAUCA